AUUAUCCCAAGAACCCUAGAGAUGGGAGCACAGGAGCAGGAUGGGUCAUGUGAGAGACUGGUGUCAUUUGAUGAUGUGGCUGUGGAUUUCAGCCAGGAGGAGUGGCAGCAGCUGAACUCUGCCCAGAGACGCCUGUACCAGGACGUGAUGCUGGAGAUCUACAGCCACCUCUUGGCAGUGGCCAGUUUGCUGACCUGUGGGAUUUGUCAGGCUUAUGGCCAGAUCUUCAUCAGCCCAGACUCGCUCACAGGAGUGGAGAGGUACCGGACCAUUCUGACCUUAGAAAAUGUCCCAGAAGAUGUCCUGGAGUACAGCUGGUACCGGGACAUGGACAACAGUACAGAAAACAUGAUUUUUAGCUAUAAACCUCCCAAUACCCGACACCCUGGACCCUUGUACACUGGUCGUGAGAACGUGACCCGCGCAGGUAGCCUGGUGAUCAGGAGGUCGGCGUUAAAUGACACUGGCUACUAUACUGUCGAGGUGGACACUGGCAACGGAACUCAGAGAGCGACUGGCUGGCUCGAAAUUCUAAAGUUGGAAAGCAACCCAGGCAUCUCAGCCAAUGCUUCAGCCAAUGCCAGUGUCCUGGUGGAAGGCAUGGAUUCCGUGGUUGCCAAAUGUCUUACCAACUCCUCCAACAUCAAGUGGUAUGUGAAUUCUGUACCAACUUCAGGCAAUAACCGCAUGACAAUUUCCCUGGAUGGCAAGACUCUGGUCAUCCACAGAAUCAGUCGCUAUGACCACAAUCUUCAGUGUGCCAUAGAAGAUUUCCCAGAAAUACUUCAGAGGAGUGAGGAGAUACCCCUGAGUGUGGCCUAUGGGCCAGACUAUGUAUCACUGUGGACCCAGUCUGAUGUCUUUGAUGGUGUGCUGACUGCUGUUAUUGGCUCCAGUGUGAAGCUGGAAUGCACCUGUUUCUCCAGGCCAGAACCCAAGUACCACUGGAUCCAUAAUGGCUCUCUCCUAAGUGUCUCAGAGGAAAACAUGACCCUCCCUAGUCUGUCCUGGGAGCAAAUGGGCAGCUACCGGUGUAUUGUGGAGAACCCGGAGACCCAGCUGACCUUCUACAGGGAGGUCACCAUCCAGCCACCUCGGCCACCACCGCCUGCUGUCCACAGAGAGUUCUACAUUUCAGGAUCCUUGGAGGAACCGGGCAUAAGAGUUCAUGGCAGUCCUAGAGGAGAGCUCAGCCCAGCAAGGAGGGAGAGAGACAGGAGAGUCUCCCAUGGGGACCAGCUGAACCGGACCAUCACAGGGUGUCUCCUGGGGAGGGAACCAGCCAUCUCAGUGAGCCAAAGAAAAAUCAAGCCUUCUAGAUGAAUUGGAAGACUCCAUAUGGGACCUGGACAAGGAGUGACAUCACAGGCAGCCUGGCCAAUCAGAGCCAGCCAAGCUGGGACAAGGUCAUGAGAGAGCUCCAGGCUCUAAUUCCAGACCCCCUCCCACUCUGAUGUUUCCAACUUCCUGUCCUUUUCCUGACACCAAGGAAUCUUGAAAGAGCCUGGAAGAUGCUUGAACCAGUGUUGCUGAGGACAGAGACAUCAAGCCGUUGUGAGCUCAGACAAGUGGUAUCAGUUGCUUAGAUGGGUUCACACACACACACACACACACACACACACACACACACACAUGUUCAGGAAGCACGCUGGCAGAGGGGCUUCCCAAUGAGGAAGGCCAGUCUCUUCCAGGUUAUAAAUGAAUAUGCACAGCUACAUCUCCUAGGGCCCCAGAUCCACACAGAUGACAUCAGAGACAGAACAGCUCAGGGACUGCAGGAAGAAGACCUCAUAAUGCUCUUGCAGAGGACUUGAGUUAGGGUCCUAGCCCCCAUGUUGGGCAGGAACAUUUCUCACUGUCACCUGUAACUCCAGCUACAGGGGAAUCCGUCACCCUCUUCUGAACCCAACAGGAACUACACUUCUCUCUCUCCCUCUCUGUGUCUUUCUCUC